AUGGCGGCUUCCGUUACAAGCACGUACUUUUUGUCGACCGUAUUCGAUAAAAUGUAAAGAUCUGUCGAAAGUGCGCUCUUUUCGACAGGUUUUAGCCGUCUAAAAAUGACAUAGCGAUAUCGAAACUGUAAGGUAUUUGUGGAGAGGAUCGCUGGAGGUACUAAUACACGUUACGAGGAAGGGAAGAACGUUCGCGGCAAAAUGUCAAAGCGACCUGCAGAUAGCGGGGAUUCGGGUUCCCAGCCACCUAUCAAAAAAGUUCAAUUUGAGCCGAUUUUAAUCGGACCUAUUUCAACACUCGAAGAAAUGGACAUGAAAGUUUUACAAUUUCAAAAUAAAAAAUUAGCCCAGAGAUUAGAACAACGUCAUAGAGUAGAGACUGAAUUAAGGCAACGAAUUGAACAAUUGGAAAAACGACAGAUGCAAGAUGAUGCAGUACUGAAUGUUGUUAAUCGUUAUUGGAAUCAGUUAAAUGAAGAUAUACGUGUAUUACUUCAGAGAUUUGAUGCUGAAACAGCUGAUGAAUCAGAAAAUAAAAAUGAAAGUGAAGCUACAACAUCAUUUCUCAUGCAACUUUCUACAUGGGAUAAGGAGGAAUUAGAUGACAAAUUAGCAAAUCGUGUUCAAGUGUCCAAACGUGCAGUUUCCAAAGUUGUACAAGCAUUUGACCGUCUUUCUCAAAGAAAUGAAAAAAUUACCCUUGCACUUAAAGGAGAAUUUGAUGGAGAGGAAGUACCGAAUAUUGAUGAUGUUGUGCGCAGAGCAAAUAGUGAAAUACAAAUGGAAAAUAGGAAUCUUCAAGCAAUAAAUAUACAACUCCAUGAAAAAUAUCACACCAUUUCAUUGAAAAUGUCAGAAUUACAAGAUACUAUAACAGGAAAGGAUACUCUUGCUGCAGAACUUCGUAAUCAAGUAGAUGAUCUUCAGUAUGAACUGAAUAAAGUGCGAGCGCGUAAUGAUAAAUUAGAGCAUCAUCUUGGAGAAGCAAUUGAAAAAUUAAAAGCUUUUCAACAAAUACAUGGUACAGAUGAGAAAGGAAGUAAUAAACCAAAUACCUUAGUUGCAUCGAGUGUGUCGCAAACGAAGCUUGAAGAUUUACAAAGAGAAUUAGAAGAGACCAGGGAACUAGCUAAUAACAGACUGCAAGAAUUAGAUAAACUGCAUCAGCAACAUCGCGAUGCAUUGAAAGAAGUAGAAAAAUUGAAAAUGGAUAUACGACAACUUCCAGAAUCGGUAAUUGUUGAAACAACAGAGUACAAAUGUUUGCAAUCGCAAUUUUCUGUAUUAUACAAUGAAUCGAUGCAAUUGAAAACCCAAUUAGAUGACGCCCGUCAGCAAUUACAAUCCAGCAAAAAUGCUCAUUUACGUCAUAUCGAAAUGAUGGAGAGUGAAGAGUUGAUGGCACAAAAAAAACUACGCGGAGAAUGUAUACAACUGGAAGACGUUUUAGCUCAGUUACGAAAGGAAUAUGAAAUGUUAAGAAUUGAAUUUGAACAAAACUUAGCGGCCAAUGAACAAACAGGACCAAUCAAUAGAGAAAUGAGACAUCUGAUUACGUCUUUGCAGAAUCAUAAUCAACAGCUUAAAGGCGAAGUUCAUCGUUACAAACGAAAAUACAAAGAAGCUUCAUCCGAAAUACCAAGGCUAAAGAAGGAAAUCGAAGAAUUGACAGCAAAAUUAGGUCAACAAACGUCUCAGGAGAAUAAAGAAGGUAAUAAUUCAGAUGGUAGUGGAAAAGAAGAAGAUGCAUCGAAUUCUCUUCCAGGUUCAACACAGAUUAAAGAAGAAAGUGGAGUUUCAAUAAAAAGGGAAUCUGGAGAGGAAGAAGUAGAAACCAUUGAAGUUGGAGAAGGAGAAGGAAAUAAAGGAACACCAGAUUCUUUAACUUUAACAUCUCCAACUCUAAAAAAAGAGAAGGAUAUUAAGCGUGAAAAGGACAUAAAGAAGGAAACUGUUAAAACCGAACACCGUGAUCCUGCUCAUCGUGCUAAAGAUACGAAAGUAGCGGAGUCAGAACUUGUUAGAGAUCUGAAAGCACAACUUAAAAAGGCUGUAAACGAAAUGAAAGAAAUGAAACUGUUGUUAGACAUGUAUAAAGGUGUUGGAAAAGAACAAAGAGAUAAAGUACAACUAAUGGCAGCUGAACGUAAAACGAGAGCAGAGUUGGAAGAAUUACGUCAACAGAUAAAAAAGAUUCAAGAAAGUAAGCGAGAGGAACGUAAAAAGUUGGCAGAUGAAGAUGCACAAAUAAAAAUUAAAAAAUUAGAGGAACAAGCUUACACGCUUCAACGUCAAGUUGCUUCACAGAAACAGAAUUGUGUGUGGUUUCAGGAAGAGGAAGCUCUUUUAAACGAAAUGGAAGUAACCGGACAAGCUUUCGAAGACAUGCAAGAACAGAAUUCCAGAUUGAUUCAACAACUACGCGAAAAAGAUGACGCGAAUUUUAAACUUAUGACAGAAAGGAUCAAAAGCAAUCAGUUGCAUAAAUUGGCUAGAGAAGAAAAGGAUGUUUUAAAAGAACAGGUUUCUACAUUAACAACGCAAGUCGAGGCUGCUAACGUAGUCGUUCGUAAAUUAGAAGAGAAAGAACGUCUUCUACAAAAUUCACUUGCUACUGUUGAAAAAGAAUUAGCUUUGAGACAGCAAGCGAUGGAAAUGCAUAAACGGAAAGCUAUCGAAAGCGCUCAGUCUGCAGCUGAUUUAAAGCUUCAUCUUGAAAAGUACCAUUCCCAGAUGAAAGAAGCACAACAAGUUGUAGCUGAGAAAACUAGUUCAUUGGAAGCAGAAGCAUAUAAAACAAAAAGAUUACAGGAGGAGAUAGCUCAAUUGAGACGUAAAGUUGAAAGAAUGAAAAAGAUAGAACUGGCUGAAACUUUAGACGAAGUAAUGGCCGAGGAACUUCGAGAGUAUAAGGAAACUCUUACUUGUCCUUCUUGUAAAGUUAAGCGCAAAGAUGCGGUUCUAACCAAAUGUUUUCACGUAUUCUGUUGGGAUUGCUUACGUACACGGUAUGAGACUAGGCAACGGAAAUGUCCAAAAUGUAAUUGCGCUUUUGGAGCUAAUGACUAUCAUCGUCUAUACCUCUCCACAUGA